GCGUGUCAGCCUCCCUGAGUGGAGGUCCCGUAGGGGGCGGGGUCGCGGCGGGCGCGUGUCUGGCUGCGCGUGCUCCGUGAGAACCGCUCCCGGCCUGUUUGCUGGCUGCGCCAUGGACUUUGACUCCGCUCGGCGGGCUGUGCUUCAGCUGCUCAGUACUACCGCUCCGGCAGAAGUCCCGGCUCUGCUCCACUGGAUGAGAACUACGCGGGAUUUUGAUGAAUUCACUGAAGAUAACAAUGACAUUAUGUUGAAGAACAUAGCCGAUGACCUUCGGAACUGCUUGCCUCUAGAAGCUGUGCUUUGCUCGGAACAGCUAGCCCUUCAAAAAAUACGACAGCAGCCAGAACCCACAGUUCACGUUGAUGCAUUCCUUUAUGAUGAAGAGUUUAUUGACUCAUUAUGUGAAGAAGGAAAAAUGAGCAGAAACUACUGCACCGUGUGUGGCUCACACCGAACAGCACCUUUGGGGUUUGUCUCUCAUUCCUUCUCCCUCGUGGAGUUGAAGUUCAUUUAUCACCACGUGCUCCCCGACCUGUCAGGAAAGGUCUUGGUGGACAUUGGCUCCAGACUUGGCACAGUCCUUUAUGGGGGAUAUCUCUACAGCUCGGCAGCACAGCUUUGCGGGGUAGAGCUGAAUGGAGAAUUUUGCCAGUUGCAGGAAAUGAUCGUAAAGAAAUACCAAUUCGGUGACAGAAUUAAGGUGCUUCAUGCAGAUGUAUGUACCCAGAGUUCACUUCUGCAGAGUGCUGAUGUCAUUGUAAUGAAUAACGUCUUCGAAUACUUUCUUACUGAGGCUGAGCAGGUCAGUGCCUGGGACUACAUCAUCCAUAAUGUAAGAAAACAAGGCUCACUUUUAGUGACAGUACCAAGUCUCCAAGAGUCUCUCAUGGGUCUUCAGAUUAAUAUGCAGCUGUCUUCCUGGGUAGAAGAGAUACCAUUGAACCUUGAUGUAUACCCACAAAGGGACACUGAUGGAGAAGCUCUUGAGCAAAUUCAUUUAUAUAAGGUUCUCUAGCACUGAAGUAACCCUCCCUAGUGUGUUAUGUUAAUCCAUAUGCUUUGUAUGUUCCCUUUCAAGUG